CACAACUCACUGAACUCAGGGUUCUAACAGCACGCCGAAGGGGUCCCCCUCAAAGUCUUUACAAAUAAUUAUAUUCAAUCAAUUCACUCCUGAUAAGUCUGAGAAAAGUUAGAGAGAAGAAAACAAGAAUUCCAAAAUAUCCAAAACUGAAGCAACGGACAUUACGACUGUGCGCUCCGUGUGUUCCGCUGCGCUCAGUGCGCUGCCUAGCCUGCCUACAGCAAAAUACAAUGUACGACAAAAAGAGGCAGGUGAUUUGGCCAUUAGAAGAAUGAGCGACAAUGAGAACUGGACGCCCGACAAUGGUCCGGAGGAGCGCAACAGGCAGAACUCUGGCAGCGUUAACAAUAACAACGCCAGAAGAGCACCAGCGGCCAUCAACGCAACUUCCUUGGACCACCCGCAGCAGGAGCCCGCACAGUUCGCCUACGCACCGGAAUUAGCACAAGACAACGCAGAGCGCCGUGGGCCCAUGGACGAUUACGGUGCACGACUGCGCUCCUUCGAGACGAUGAAGUGGAAAGCCACGCUGACCAAAUCGCGAUUGACGAAUCCCAAAAAGAUGGCUGCGGCGGGAUUCUACUGCACCGGAACUGAAUCUGCCAAGUGCUAUGCUUGCCUCAAGGAUCUGGAGGGAUGGGACCCGUCGGAUGAGCCGGUGGCAGAGCACACCAAACACUGUCCGCUAUGCUCGCUGUCACGGGAAGAGCUGGCCGCCUUCCGGAAGCGCAGUUGGCGCGAGGAAAUUCGGUUGCGUGUGGCCGCCGAAUACCAGCAGCGGCGUUUGCUGCAGAUGCGUUACCACGAUCAUUCAAAACAGGCAUUCAACGCUAUCGCCAAGCAGCUGACCGAAAAGAUCACUUUGCUGCAGAAUGGCCGCGAGCUGGAGGAGGAGCUCUAGGCUGUCCCUUGGACGCGGGCGGUGGUUCACUUGUGGACGGAAGCAGUUAGUCAGUCGAAUGGUUUGUUGUGUGAGCGGAUGUAACGCAAUGUAAUGUCACCAGCUCUCUUUUGCCCGUUCUGUUUCCGUUAUUUCAUAAACCAAUCUGACUGUAGAGUUUGCUUGCGGAAUUAAAGAGUUUGUUACUGACGAAAUGUUACAGCAGGCUGUCAGCAGCAUCAAAAAUGCCGGAUGACACGGCACUUUUCUUUCUUUCGGCUAAUAUUUAUUUACCGCUAAUAAUGUUGCCGACAUGGC